AUGGAAGGAGAAGGAAAGAUGGCGAAGAGUCAGCGUGAGCGACUACGAGCAUUUGGCUUUAGGGGUUACGAGCCACUGGCGCAGAUUGAGAGUCCGAUUCCGCCGAGCUACGUGGUGCGUGAAACAAGCGAUGGAAGGCUGGUCGGUGCAUACUUUAGUAUUCGUGUGAAUUCUCUGCGAACUUCAACAGUACUGUCGUAUUGA